AGGCAUGAGCCAGGUGCAUCUACUUGUCACCACCGUUCCAGUCUCAACCCCAUCACCAACCUUCACCCUCCAGUCUUUCCUCUCCGCUUUGUCAAUCCCUUUAAUCCUUCCUUUGAGAUACGACCUUGACGAUAUCAACAUGUCGACAAUGGCGCUGGAGAAGGAUUCUCCUUUGGGAUUCCUGUACAACAACGCGGUCGCAGUGGCUCUGGCAGAUACAUACACAUCCUUCUCGGAGCGGAGGGCGGCUCUGGGGUUGUCUAAUCCAGGCACAGUAGAGAACAUUGCGCGGGAGGUUCAACGCGAUGUGUUCCUGAACAAUUAUACAUUCUCGGGGCUGAGGGCAGAUCUUACAAAGGCUUUCAGCAUCUCUCCUUUAUUCCAAGUCUCUCAUGCAUUCUCCAUGGGAUCACAGGGCCUGCCGCCGUACACAUUUGCAGCUCUUUUUGGCACCAACAAGAUCUUCAUGCAAGGCAAUAUCGACAAUGAAGGACAGCUCUCAACGAGAUUCAACUACAGAUGGACACCGUCAUUGGUCACCAAGACUCAGAUCCAGAUGGCUGGUCCUCAAACCAUGGUACAAUUCGACAAUGAAUAUACUGGGAACGAUUUCACAGCCUCGCUGAAGACAUUGAACCCUUCUAUGAUCGAUGGCGGACUUACCGGGAUAUUCAUUGGUAGCUACCUGCAAUCCGUUACUCCCAAUCUCGCCCUAGGCUUGGAAGCAAUCUGGCAAAGAGCAGCUCUCAAUACAGGGCCAGAGACCGCUCUCUCGUAUUGCGCAAAGUACAAGGGCAGUGAUUGGAUUGCUAGCGCUCAAUUGGCUGCUGGAGGAGCUGUCAACACAUCAUACUGGCGAAAAUUGACGGACAAGGUCGAGGCUGGUGUUGAUCUAAAUCUUCAAUUCGCCGGCUUAUCUGGUGCUGGUGGAAUGAUGGGAGGACCAAUGAGAAAGGAAGGUGUUACGACUGUUGGUGCCAAGUACGACUUCAGAAUGUCAACUUUCAGAGCACAAGUGGAUUCUACUGGCAAGUUGAGCUGUUUAUUGGAGAAGAGAGUUGCUCCCCCAGUCCAGUUGACUUUUGCCGCUGAUAUGGAUCACUUCAAGCAACAAGCCAAAAUUGGACUAGCAGUCUCUAUCGAAGCUGGCAGUGAAGAGCUCCAGGAGCAACAAGAAAUGGCAGGCGGCGCAGCUCCAGCUCAGAUUCCCUUCUAAACAAACCUCCCAUUCGAACCCACCCCUCCGCUCUUACCUAAUCGAAACAUAAUGCCUCGACGAAGCGCUUGUACCGACUACCUUGAACAUAUCGGAUGACUACCAAAACCUCCUUUUCGACCCCCACUUGUCUUAUUACGACCUCAUUCUGGUACAUCGUCUGGCAUAUUCUCUAGGAGUCCAUCCACCUUGUCGUCUGAUCGUCAUCCCUGGAAAGGUCUUCUGCAUACUGGGUGACGGCUGAAAGAUUUGAUGAUCAUAGACUUUCAUUUUGUUGUUGUGUGCAUCUCUGGGCGGUAAAUGCAAGCGUAUUGGCCCUGAACUUUGGUCAUAUGGUAGGGAUGAAUUGUACUAUAGUUGCUCUUAUGUGGGCAGGUUGGCAUAACAUGCUACUGUAAAAACCUGUGUACAAAAGGAAAAGAAAUGUUGUA